CGCGGCGCCGCCGGGCCCCCUCUCGGGACUUCAACGCUGCCGUGGUGGCAGGCGGCGCGCAGGGAGUCGCCGGGGAGGGGCCCGGGAUGGAAGCCUUUGUGGUCAAUCUUUUUUCUCCCUUCGUUUGCGUUUUUUUUUUCUUUCUUUGUCACGAGCAUUUUCGAAAUACAUGCAAAAUGGGUAAACAGGAAGAUAGAGUGGGAUUUAAUGAUAUCUGAAUAUAUAAAGAGAGAGAGGAAGGAAGAGGGUCAGACAAACAAACAGGCAGACUGACAGAGUAAUAAACAUCAAAGAAUUCUUAUUUAUUGAACCAAUUCAUAACCUCGAAGGAAGCCUAGAGACAACAUGGAUUUACGAUCGAGAUAAGUUAUCGGAGAUACGACAUUCUGAGCUGAUUAAGGGGGAGAUAAAGACAGCACCUGACUGCAAAGAUGUGCCAGAAGUACUCCAGUUUGUCUUAACCUCCCGGCCGAGAUCUUCCCCGAUCAAUUCUUUUUCAUGGACUGCGGCCCUUUCCUUUGAUAACUGUGAUUUCAAGGUGUGACUGGCGCGCCCGCCCUGUCCAGUAGCAGGUCGCCAUGAGUCUCCACAGAGGCGACGUGGAGGUGGGGAUGAGUCGUGUGUCCGCGCUCAACUCCCCCUCAACCCCACCCUGCUCUGCCACCUCCCUGCUAACCCCUGCUGCACACUCGGUUAUCGUGCCUAACUCUGCCGUCCUUCAUCAACAAGGCGGGACGCCCCUAUGCACCGUUGGGAACGUGGGCGUGUCCAUCAUGGGCAGCAUGAGCGUGGGUGGUGGCGAGGCAGCGAGCGUCGUGACAGGGUCUUCGGCGGCGAGCCUGACAUGUGCCAUCUGCGGUGACAGGGCCACGGGCAAGCACUACGGCGCCCACUCGUGCGAUGGCUGCAAGGGCUUUUUCCGCCGCUCCGUCAGGAAGAAUCACACGUACAGCUGCAGGUUCAAUCGUGGAUGUACAGUCGACAAGGACAAAAGAAAUCAAUGUCGUUAUUGCAGACUGAGGAAAUGCAUAAGGGUUGGAAUGAAAAAAGAUGCUGUUCAAAACGAGCGCGACAGAAUCAGCACUCGAAGGCUCAGUUACGACGAAGGGGGAGGCGGCAGUGGCAUGGCGCUUUCCACGAUACUCAACGCCGAACAUCUUUCUCGACAGUUCUCGCCGGCGGUAGGAGAUGUGAACGUGAUGAACAAGACUGUCGCGGGCGUGAUGGACGUGUGUGAGAGCAUGAAGCAGCAGCUCCUGAUUCUGGUCGAGUGGGCCAAGUACAUUCCCUCGUUCUGCGAGCUUGUUCUUGAUGACCAGGGUCAUCGUUUCCCAUGUUUUGAAUUGCUAGUGGUAUAAAAUCAAAUGGUCAUAGGAUCCUCUCAACAGCUCGGCGGGAAUAGUAAAAGUAACAAAUAUGCUACCGAAUUGAAAAGAAAAAAAAAAUGUAAGUAAUGGUUAGGUUAAGUAAUUUCCCAAAAGAGAUUUUUGCUCUUUUUUUUAACUGUAGGAACACAGCCAUC